AUGAUAUCAAAUCCAUCAUCCUCAGCCCAACCACCAAUCAUUCACAUCCGACCCCAGCAUCUCUUUCCUGUAGAAGCCUUUGCUAAAUAUCUACAGGAACACGCUUCAGAAUUGUUGAUCCACACGAACGAUCAUUCUCAUCCUUCAACAAGUGGAGUCCAACUCGCAUUGAAAAGUAUUCAACAAUUUUCCGAUGGACAAUCGAAUCCAUCGUUCAAGGUGGUGUGUACGAUUCGGUUUUCAUCAUCAUCAUCACUCCUCACCAAGGAAUUGGUGUUGAGAAAGAAGCCUCCUGGAAAGCUCUUACCAUCAGCUCAUGAUAUUUAUCGGGAAUAUGCUAUUAUGAAGUCUCUCCAUUCCAUUCAAUUUCCAGUUCCUUAUCCCUAUUUUUAUUGUAGAGAUGAGAAAAUUAUUGGCACUGAAUUCUAUGUGAUGGAAUUUAUUCAAGGAAGAAUCUUUAAGGAUGGAACUUUUGCAGAAAUGCACAAAUCAUCAUUGGAAUUGUUAAAGAAUCAUGAGGCGACAUUGAAUGGUCCAGAAAAAUUGAAGCCACAAGAUCGAAGAGAAAUGAUGACUGAUUUUAUUAGAACUUUGGCACGACUGCAUCGAGUGGAUUUUAUGCAAUUUGAAUUGUUGAGACCUUUAUUUGCAUCAAAUCAAAAGAAUAAGACAAAGGAACAACAAACAAAUGCAAGCUCAUCAGUAGCAGAGGGUUCACACCAGUCACAAAAGAAAUCUCAGCAAGAGAGAGAUUCUUCAACAAAAAACACGUAUUAUGAAAGACAAAUUACAACAUGGACUCGUCAAUAUCUUGCUUCUGAAACUCAUGAAAAUGAUUCAAUGAAUCGUCUCAUGAAAUGGCUACCAAAGAAUAUACCCAAAGAGACUGAAAGUGAUCAAUUAACACUUGUGCAUGGUGAUUACAAAUUUGAUAACGUUAUUUACCAUCCUACUGAGAAUCGAAUUAUUGCAGUGUUAGAUUGGGAGCUAGCAACAUUAGGGCAUCCAAUUGCAGAUUUGUCAUAUUCAUGCAUGUAUUAUCAUUUCCCAAGAAUUCCUGGAUUUUCUGGUUUAAGAGGAACAAACUUUCAACAAUCGGGCGUGUUGACAGAGAACGAAUGUCUUGAAUUAUACACUUCAUUCACACAACGAUCCAAGAUUGACAAGUGGCACUUUUAUUUGUCAUUCUCCAUCUUUAGACUUGUUGGUAUCACUCAAGGAGUUUACAAGAGAUACAAACAAGGAAAUGCAAGCAGCGAUUAUGCAUUACAUAUUGGAAUGCUUGCUGGUACAUUAUCAGAUGUUGCUUGGGAGCUUAUUGUCAACGCUGAAGGCGACCAUCUUACUGUUUGUGAAGGAGGUAUUCAAUUUGGACUUUCUCCAAAAGCACUCACACUUAAAACUAAAGUUGAAAAUUUCAUGAAAGAGCAUGUAUAUCCUGCAGAAGAAAUAUUCCAAGAACAGCACCAUAAACAAACAGAUCGAUGGCAAGUACCUCCCAUUAUUGAAGAAUUGAAACGAAAGGCCAAGGAACAAGGACUAUGGAACUUUUUCUUGUGUCAACAUAAUGAGAGGGAACCCAUCACCACUGUGGAGUAUGCCAUUCUUGCAGAAAUUAUGGGAAGAAGCUUUAUUGCAUCAGAAGUAUUUAAUUGUAAUGCACCUGACACUGGAAAUAUGGAAGUUUUGAUGAAAUUUGGGACUCCUGAACAAAAGGAACAAUAUCUAAAACCUCUCCUCAAUGGUGACAUUCGAUCGUGUUUUUCAAUGACUGAAUAUGGAAUUUCGUCAAGUGAUGCCACCAAUGUAAGCUCAACCAUUAGAAAAUCAGAAGAUGGCAAACACUAUAUUAUUAAUGGUGUGAAAUGGUUUAUCACUGGAGCAGGCGAUCCAAGAUGUAAAUUUACCAUCUUUAUGGGAGCAACCAAUCCAAAUCAUCCAAGUCUACACCACAGACAAUCCAUGGUGUUAAUUCCUAUGGAUGCACCUGGUGUGAAAUUGGAAAAACCUGCCUCAACGUUUGGACUCGACGACGCACCAUCGGGACAUAUGGCCAUUUCAUUCACCAAUGUUAAAGUUCCAAUUUCUAAUUUAAUAUUUGAAGAAGGACAAGGUUUUAACAUUGCACAAGCUCGUUUAGGCCCAGGACGUGUUCAUCAUUGUAUGAGAUUAAUUGGAUUAUCUGAACGAGUUUUUGACCUCAUGGUCUCAAGAGCAAAACAAAGAAAGACAUUUGGCAAAAAUUUGUCACAACAUGCCAUCAUUCAACAGUACAUUGCAGAAUCAAGAAUUGAAAUCGAACAAGCAAGAUUACUUGUUCUCAAGGCUGCUUACAUGUUAGAUCAAGUAGGUGCCAAACAUGCUCGCUCCGAAAUUGCCAUGAUCAAAAUUGCUGUUCCAAGAGCAUGUAAAAAUGUUGCCGAUCGUGCCAUUCAGAUAUUUGGAGCUGAAGGAUUAUUGACAUCACCCUCAGACAUCAAGUCACCACUUCACGAAGUUGCGUUUUCCAUUGCUCGAGUUUGGAUUGGCGCUCGUCAAUUACAAAUCGCAGAUGGUCCUGAUGAAGUACACAUGAUUAAUCUUGCCAAACAUCAACUCUCCAAAAUGUAA